AUGACCAACCAAUUCAAUUACGGACCUCGAAUGGAUUUCGACGAGCUUCAGCAACUGAGAGUUCGAAAUUCAUCUACAGGUUAUAGACAACGGUUUUUAAGCCUUACUUCAAUCGAUUCUUUGGCUGCUACAAGUUCAACGAGCCUUGGAAGCCACUGGAAAAAGAUUCCGUUUUCUACUCAACAGAACACUUCUUCAACUGAUUGCUCCAUUCGUUCAGCUGAUAAAACAAUUCCAAGUAGACCAGCAACCGUCGUCUCUUCAAUUUCUUCCUAUACUCCACAUACUCCUAAACUUCCUAACAUCAUGGGUUCUGCCAUUCCGCCUCGGAGCUCGGAGUUGAGCGAAUGGAAGUUCAAUUCGGAAUCGAGCAGAAGCAGUUCUUCAGCGACGAUUGAGGGGAACCCUCCGAUUGCAUUGAGUCAAGUGACAAGUUUGUUGCGAGAGACCACUGAACAUCGGGAGGAAGGACAGAGUUUGCAACUUCAAAUGAAGGGACUCGAAGAGCUGGAACCGACCCUCGAUAGAUUCAUCGGUCAGUUUUCCGAACUGAACAUUCAACAACGUCAGGCUUUUAUUCAAACCGUUAAAAAUUCCAACAAGAAAAUGGAUCACUAUGAUAGCUGCAUCGAGUAUCUCGACGAAGCCGUGGACGACACUCAAGCAUUCUACGACAAGAAAAUUGAAGACGCUUCCGAUUUUGUGACUCAGUCGCUGGCAGUCUUCCAGAAAAAGGAGAAAAUCGAGGAGUUCGUCCGACGAGGAGAGGAGUUUUACACUACAAGCCCAAGGAUCAUGGAUACUAUGUUGGAAAAUACGGAACGCUUGGCUGAAAUUCGUAAAAAUUUGAAUGCCAACAGAAUGGACACCGCUUCAUUGACUGCAUUUGGACAAGAAGAUCAACGCGUGGAUUCAGUCUAUUCCGGUCUCAUUCAAAUGAUCGGAUCGUUGCCUUUGGACCAUUAUGAACGCGGCGAUUUCAACUAUGCCAUCUCCAAGAUCCAGAAUGAUUCCAAGUUUGAAAAGAAGCAAAAAUGCCAGCUAUUGUUCCGUCAUCUUAUGAAGACCAUGGACAACUGGGAAGGAAUUAAAUCAGCGAGCUCUCUUUUUGAUAGUGAUGGAUGGAACAGUGUCUACAGUUUUGAUAGCACCAACGACGCUCUGAAUGUUCUCGAAAGUUCUUCAUUCGCAUUGACUGAUGAUUCCAAUCUUAAUGAUUUGGAUGGAGAACUUCGUAGUUCAAGAAUCAGAAGAGCAGUGGAAGGACCUCAAGGAAAGACAUAUGAAUGCAGUCCAUGGGAUUCUGCUUCCAACUUCACUGGAUGUUCUUCCGAUGGCCUUACUAACAUUCUCUCUUGCAAUGAGCCAAUGACAUUGUCGUCUUAUGAAUGCAAUUCUUCUUCUCUCGGACAGUCAACUCUUUUUUCCGGUAAUCAGAAAAAGUGGGAAAUAUAUUUCAAAGCAGAUAAAUUUUCAGUUUCCAAAUCUUCAAUGCCAAGUCAAGCAUUCGAAGAAGCUCAUCAAAACCUGAUGAAGAGUGCUUCAUGUACCAAAACUGCGUGCUCUUCCAGCGAUCCAAUCAUCGCCCGUCCUCCAAGAGAAAUCGACGAUAAGUCUGUUCUCUCUUCUACCAUUGGAACUCGUACAACUUUGGAUUCUGCUCCAUCUCUCAACUUUUCAACUGUCUCGCUCUCUGCUAUGGUUGAUGAUGCUCUGAACACUGCAAAGGAUGCUGUUGACACCCAAGCCGUUCGACUAAUGCAUGCUCUUCAAAACUCUGCAAGCAAGUGUGGUGUUGCUCUUUCGAAUCUGAUGACCGCCGUCUCGAGCAGCUCGGAGAGCAUUUCCGAUACCCAAUCAUCGCAUCGUUCCAUCACCCAUUAA